AUGCUCCUAAUCAGACUAAUCAGGUCGCUGAUAUUAGAACAGUGUGACGGGGAGCGUGUUUGCUCUAAGUGUCGAGCUAAGGAUGCUUUAUGUGAUUAUGGCAAUGAUACGGCCCAAGUGCGGAAAAGAGACUCACCGGGAGCUCUCCUUGAAGCGCAGAACAGACAACUACGAGACGCGGUUCAGACGCUUUACGAGCAUAUCCAGGCUGGUCACGAGUUGCCAAUUCUGCCAGCGCGGAGUCCAGAAGACAACCGUCCACUUCUACACGACAUCAUCGGAUAUAUAAACACACUACGCACAGCCCCAGGUUUUGUUGCCGAAGACGACGCCUACUGUGUCUCUUUCGCGGUCACAGCUAGCAACGCCGCUACCUCUAGCUGUUGCUCCACCUCAACGCAGCAUAGCUUCCUAUUUAUGGCGUACAACGCAUCGCAGAUGAACUACGAGUGUUUAGAAAGCGGAGUGGACCAACAAGAGCUCUAG